AUGGCUUCUGGAAUUUUUUUCGUACUCCGUGAGCCGCUAUCGUCUUCUUCCCUUCUCCGUUUUCCUGAGCCGCAGGCUCCGUCACCGCCGCCGCUACGCCGCUCGUCCUCCCCUCUCCCCGCGGCGGCGGCGCCGCCGCUCUCUAGCUCCCCCGCUCAUAGAGAUGGCGUACGAGCCCCCCGCCGGGCUCCAGCAGCGGAGCAACACGAACUUCGCCGGCGCCAUGGCUACAACGCUAUAGAUACUGAGGAUGGUUACAAAAUACGGAUUUGCCAUCUGUUGAACAUUCCCCGUACACGUGACAAAACACUGAGGCAGCAGAAUGAACAAUCGCAAUCAGCAUCUACUACUAACACGCCAAGGCAUCCAAUUGAAUAUUGGAUGGGCAAGUUCUUAAGUGACGAUGGUACUAAUCCAAUGAGAUAUGCUUUGGAAGAGAAUGAUUUCCUACGCAGGGUAUACCAGCAAUAUGGAUGCACCAUGGCUCAGAGCCAGACAAGCUUCUCAGAGCAUACGAACACACUCUUCUCCAUGGCAAAAGACCUAUCCCAGGAGUUUGGCGCCCACAUUGCCGUUGUCACAUUCUCCCCCACCAGCAAGCCCAAAGCCUACGGAGCACCCACCGGCGACUCCGUCCUCAGCACCUACCUCCUCGAGAUCCAUAGCUCGCCGUCUCCAGCUAGUUCUGAAACGGCGGGGGAGGCCGCCGCUAGGGUUGACGGAAUGAAGUGGGAGGCGAAGGAGACCGCUUUCCUGGCUGAGGCGGAAAGGAUGCAAGGGAAUAGGGGAUGGAUAAUCACUCCACCCAACUCUAUUUCAGUUAAUCAAAGUACAUGUUCAUUCUGCCCUAACUCAAAAGUAGAUGACAACAUACCGGCGGCAUCCAAAAUUAUGUCAGUUGAGAAGGAAUCUUAUAGAAGAGUAGGUUGUGGUCAGGCUAAGGAAGAUGCUAAUAUUCAGCAUGAGAAUAUGCAGAGCUGUUCAAGUGAACAUAGUUCAAAACAUGUGAACUCAAUAACGUGUUUAAUCAGGUAG